CUAUCCUCUGCCCCUCUACUCUUUUCCUUCUUUUUAGGGAAAAGAGGCAUUAACAAAGAAAUCUACCAAGAAAGUAUUUCUCUUUUUUUCCCUUAACACUGCUGCCACACUACCAAAUUGGACUAAGAACUGAAAAGGAAGCAAAAGCAAAUCAAGAAAAGAAACAUGUCAACAUCAACAUCAUCACUAAUGUGGAGUAGAGAAGAAGAGAAAGCCUUUGAAAAUGCAAUUGCUAUUCAUUGGAUUGAGGACUCCAAAUUACAAUGGCAAAAGAUUGCUUCUAUGGUUCCAAGUAAAACCAUUCAAGAACUAAAACAACAUUACCAACUACUAGUGGAUGAUGUUACUGCAAUUGAAGCUGGCAAUGUUCCAAUUCCAUUAUACACAGGAGAGGAAACCUCUUCUUCAACCAAAGAUAGCAGCCAUGGCUAUUCAGGGAUAUCGAACGGGCGGUCCAAUUGUAGUUAUGUAAAUGGAUUUUCAGGUAGUGUACAUGACCAAAUUGGCCAAGGAGGAAAAGGAAGUUCCAAAUCUGAACAAGAAAGAAGAAAAGGAAUACCUUGGACUGAAGAAGAGCAUAGGUUAUUCUUGCUUGGUUUAGAUAAGUUUGGAAAGGGAGAUUGGAGAAGUAUUUCAAGGAAUUAUGUGAUUUCCAGAACACCAACUCAAGUGGCUAGUCAUGCCCAAAAGUACUUUAUCCGAUUAAAUUCCAUGAAUAGAGAUAGGAGAAGGUCCAGCAUACAUGACGUUACAAGUGUCAACAAUGGGGAGGUUGCUACAAAUCAGACUCCUAUAACAGGCCAACAAACCAAUCCAAGCCCAUCAAAUGCAGUUGGACCCAAUCUCGGGCAAAGAAACCAGCCCAAUAUGCAUGGUUUGAGUAUGUAUGGUGCUCCGAUGGGUCAUCCGGUCGCUGCUCCACCGGGGCACCACGUGUCAGCAGUCGGAACACCGAUCAUGCUUCCUCCCGGACAUCAUCCACCUUAUGUUCUUCCUGUUGGAUACCACAUGCCGCCGCAUCCUCCUCCGCCCAUGCACCAUCAAUAAAAAAAAAAAAGGCAAUCCGGUGCACUAAGCUUCGGAGAAGGGCCGGACCACAAAGGUCUAUAG